AUGGAUAUUAACGAAUUCAAGAGAAAGUACUCCAACGAAAGCGACACCAAGGCUGUUAUGGAAUGGGCUUUUGAAAAGAUUGCUGCUGCUCCAGAAACUUAUUCUUUCUGGUUGGCUGAAUACAAUCAACCUGAUCUUUUGACUGGUCCUGCUUGGAUGCAAAACAACUUGGUUGAAGGUUACUUCAGAAACAUUGAAGGUUUGAAGAAGAAUUGUUUCGCUUCUGCUUUGGUCCUCACUAACGACGAAGGUGCUCAAAGAAUCUCCAUGGUCUGGUUGGUCCCAACCCAAACUGUUCCAAAGGAAUUCACUUCUGAUGAUAUUGCUGGAUCCAAGAUUGGUGAUGGUUUCAACUUGACUCAAUUGAAGCCUGCUGAAUCUGAAGAAGAUAAGACCACGAUUAUCAACUACAUGAUCUGGAAUGAAGAUAAGGGUGCUUUCGGCGGUUACACUUAUGCUUCUGGUAAGAUCUUCAAGUAA